AGUCUCGGUUGAGUCGGUCUGAAUAUCCCUGGAUUGGCCUCGUUACCCUCUAAUUUCACCUGUCAACGCCUUCGUGGCUUUGCAGCAGCAGCGCCGUAUCCUUCAGCUUCAACGGUGAGAGUUUUAGAGUUGGGUUCCGGGCGAAAUCAAGGUGCGUAGGUGGGGCUUGGUUCAUUGCGAGGGCGAUGGCGUCGUUGAUAAAGGCCGGGCGCGAUGCGACCCUCAAAGUGAGUAUGAGUGCGCUGCAGAUGAACGUUAUCCCAGACAUGGUGUUGCGCUUCGGCGUCAGGAAGCUUUUGGAAGGGAGGCUUAGCGAGAUUACUAAGUCUACAUUGGAAGCGCAGAUGCAAGAGCUGCUCUCGUUUGUACAGUCAUUGAAGCAAAUGCCAAUUGCUGUGCACAUGGAGGAUGCGAACACACAACAUUAUGAAGUUCCUACGGAGUUCUAUCAUCUAGUAUUAGGCAAGCGACUUAAAUACAGUUCUGCCUACUUUCCAAAGAAGGACUCCACCCUUGAUGAGGCCGAGGAGUCUAUGUUUGCGCUUUACGCCGAGAGAGCUCAGCUUCAAGAUGGGCAGUCCGUCUUAGACGUUGGCUGUGGGUGGGGCUCCCUCUCGAUGUAUAUUGCGGAAAAAUUUCCUAAUAGCAAUGUCACAGGCGUGUCGAACUCAGAGACUCAAAGGGCCUUCAUCACUGAAGAAUGCCGAAAACGAGGAUUAUCCAACGUGACAAUUAUCACAUGUGACAUGAACGUCUUCAACAUUGACAAGUCGUUUGAUCGCAUUCUGUCCAUUGAAAUGUUUGAGCACAUGAAAAACUACGAGAAGCUUCUGAAAAAGAUAUCUUCGUGGCUGAAGCCUGACGGUCUUCUCUUUAUACACAUAUUUGUGCACAAAUCUAUUCCUUAUCAUUUUGAGGACAAAGGAGAAGAUGAUUGGAUGAGCCGAAACUUUUUCACGGGAGGAACCAUGCCUUCUAGCUCUCUUCUGCUUUACUUCCAGGAUGACGUGUCAAUUGUCAACCAAUGGUUUGUAAAUGGAACACACUACGCCCGCACCAGCGAGGCGUGGUUACUGAAGAUGGAUGCCCAAGUGAAAGUUAUAAGACCAAUUUUUGAGAAAACUUACGGUGAAGGUGAAGCAACGAAGUGGAUUGCCAAUUGGCGCACGUUCUUCAUAGCUGUUGCAGAGAUGUUUGCUUUCAGAAAUGGCGAAGAGUGGGGAGUGUGCCACUAUCUCUUUAAGAAAAAGUAAAUAAUCUCGGGAGUCUGACUGCAGAUGCAAGAAUGUUUCCCUCUGUGGAAAUUAUUACAACUGAUCUUGCAUGUCAGCGACCAGGGCUGGCACAUGAGGAAGCUUUUUCAUUCCAGCCUAGGACGGGUUUGACGAGUUUGUGUUCAUUGGUUUACUUAGUUUUAGGAUGAGGUUUUUCCAGGAAUAUGUCCCGGGGAAGUGCUGGAUCAUUAGACAUUGCUUCUGUAAAAUAAAUUCUGCUUUAGGUAGUUACGGUAUUUGACCGCACACACGCGGGGACGCUUGCACCGGAAGGGUAUGGGAAGGACUUACAUGAGUGGGAUCUAAGUCUGGUUAGUGACCUAUAGAAUUAAGCAGAAACUGACGACAUUCAUCACACUUCUGGGUAAUUUUAAUUCUGCUGUUGGUGCCCUUGACCCGGAAAGGGCAUAGCACGAAAGAAUUUUGCAGACUAUGUUAUAUUUUUUUGGUGUAUUUGUCUUGUUUUCGAAUGAUUCAUGACCGAAGCACCUAUUAUAAUAUACUAGUCGAUUGAUUUUGAAA